AUAGAUAUAUUUAACUACUUUCAGGAAAAACUUAAGUUUGUUACAGUUUUGGGUGCAGGCUUAUUGGUAGGUACCGCAUUAACCGUUAUCAUUCCGGAAGGAAUACGCUCACUAUAUAUGGAUACCUUAAAAGCCAAGUUGCCAGAAGUUGCCACGAUGUCUGGACGCAAAGUUGAAAAACCUCUAUUUCCUGCUACAACAGAUACUAUUAAUACUGACCAUAUGAGAGAAUCUGACUUCUCCCGCACUAUUGGUGUAUCACUUGUAUUGGGGUUUGUAUUUAUGCUACUUGUGGACCACAUAUCGCAACAUAAAAGCGUAAACAGUUCUAAAGAUAAAAACAUAACAGCAACAUUAGGCUUGGUUGUUCAUGCCGCUGCUGAUGGAGUAGCUCUUGGAGCUGCAGCAACGACCACCCACCAAGACGUUGAAAUUAUUGUAUUUUUAGCAAUCAUGUUGCAUAAAGCUCCAGCUGCCUUUGGGCUCGUUAGUUUUCUUUUGCAUGAAAAAAUUGAACAUCAACAAAUACGCAAGCACUUGUUAAUUUUUUCUUGCUCGGCUCCACUAUUAACUCUUUUGACUUUUUUUGGAAUUGGACAGGAACAAAAGGAAACCCUCAAUUCUUUAAAUGCGACUGGAAUAGCUAUGCUUUUCUCAGCAGGCACAUUUUUGUAUGUAGCAACAGUGCAUGUUCUACCAGAACUAACUCAUGUUUCUAAUUCGCAUUCACAUGGCCAGUAUGAUUAUCGUCAACUGAACUGUGCAUCAAGUGGGAUUGAAUCUCAGGGUGAUAUACAUUCUACCAAUGCCCGAUUUUCGAAAGGUCUUCUUUUAAGUGAAAUGAUAAUAUUAAUAUGUGGUGCAUUACUUCCUCUUAUUAUAACUUUUGGCCAUCAUCACUAAAGUAAGCUCUUAUUCUUAUGUUGAUGAAAAUUUUGAUUUAACGGGAAUAAUCGAUGUUUAACAUUAUGCCGUUUUAACUAAACAUAUCUGUUUCUAAUAAAAAAGCUUAAGAUAAUUGCUCAUAAUUUUGGCUUGGCUAAACACAGCUUUAACUUAGGAUAUUAAUGAUACUAUUGAAAAGGUUACAGUACAAACAAUAAUAUAUUUUUGGAUUAUGCCAUAGUUUUUGAUUCAACGAUUAGUCGCAUCCAUUCGACUAGCUUACUCACUCUAAAAUAUGAUUACUACAAUUAAAUUUUAUUUGCUGUAUUCCUCUUUUGCACGGGAUUUAAUAGUAUCCGUAACUAAUAGUUUGUAACACGUUAAAAUAAAGAAACAUACAGUGAUUGUCACCUUCUUUGAGGAAGUAUUAUAAAUGGCAAUGAUACCUCUUAAAAAAAUAAAAGUUAUAAUAAGGACUACUAUUUCCCUUAACAGCAUCUAUUUUAUUAAUUAAAAAUGUUUAAAAAGUGUUUACAAGAAUAAUAAUAAUAUAAUAGUGCCAUAGGUGAAAUGGUACAUAUUCUUUCGUCUGCAGGAACACUUUAGAAUAUCAUCCUCCGUAUUGGGACAGAGGAGGCUCUCCAUAUUAAAAAUAUAUAUGUAUAUAAAUAUAUACAGCCGUGGGAGACCUAUUCAGGGAUGUUAUGGAAUUCGAUCGUUAUCGCAAUCAGCAUUAAAAUCGACAAUUUAUGGAUUUGGUGUCACAAAUUUUGAAUUAAUUGUUCGAACCUGAUCUGAUAUCAAUUUUGAGUGUUACAGAAAAAGACUUAUGAUUUACUUAUCAGAAAUAAACUCAUACGCUAACAGAA